AUGGCAUCUCAGGUACUUCUCGCUCAAGGCCUUCCACGAGGCGGCCCCCAUAGGCAGACAUGUGACGUCGUCCACCCAGACGAUCUCCGAAGGGCCUUUGCUGUGGACAUGUCCCGCAUGUACAGGGAAGAAGUCCCCCUAUACGGUGACCUGAUACGCAUCGUUCAAAGCGUCAACAAGCAGGCAUUUGCUAGCUCCGUCAACCCAGACACCCUCGAGCGCUUGACCCUUGAGCGACAUGGUGCCAUCCGCCUGGGAACGCCCUCCGAGCUACGCACUGUGAGUCGUAUCUUCGCCGUGCUCGGCAUGCAGCCGGUGGGCUACUACGACCUUUCCGCUGCCGGCCUCCCGAUGCACGCGACCUGCUUCAGGCCGGUCCAAGUCAGCUCCCUAGCGACCAACCCAUUCCGCGUCUUCACCACGCUCCUGCGGCCCCAGCUGAUCCGCUCCCAGGAGGCCCGGUCCCUGGCGAAGCGCAUGCUCUCCAAGCGCAACAUUUUCAGUGCCGAGCUGAUCCAGAUGCUGAGCACCGCUGAGGAACAGGGAGGACUCGACCCCGAGCAGGCUGGCAUCUUCAUCCACGAGGCUCUCAAGACAUUCAGCUGGGCUCCCGUGGCCGCUGCGACGGCGAAGGAAUAUGAGCUCCUCAAGGCACAGCAUCCCAUCCUGGCCGACAUUGCCUGCUUCAAGAUAGCCCAUAUCAAUCACCUGACCCCGCGAAAGCUCAACAUUACCCUGGCACAGGCGCCCAUGCUCGAGGAGGGACUGCGUGUCAAGGAUAGGAUCGAGGGCCCGCCCCGCCGGCGCUGGCCCAUCUUGCUGAGACAGACGAGCUUCUUGGCGCUAGAAGAGGCGAUCAAGUUCAUCAGAGACGGCGAGGGUGACGAAAAGCAGGAUCUGAUUCAGGGCUCUCACAAGGCUCGUUUCGGGGAGAUUGAGGAGUGUGGUGCCGCCGUCACACCCGCCGGACGCGCCUUAUACGACAAGCUUCUUGCCAUUGCAAUGGAGAAGUCGGCGGGACAAGACUCCUCAGCCGCCGACGCAAUCACGGAAUCCGUAUUUCAGGAGUUCCCGGACGACUGGGCCCAGCUUCGCGCCCGCGGGCUGGUCUAUUGCGAGUACGAGUGCACUGGCAAGGCCGUGCCAGACACCAUGGCAGUCGACUUGGACCUGGACCUGGCGGACAGGUCGGCCGUCGUGGAGGCCUUGCUGGCGCAGGGCGUGCUGGAAACGAAGCCCAUCACGUACGAGGACUUUCUCCCCUUCUCGGCUGCGGGCAUAUUCCAGUCCAACCUAGGUGGCAAAUCCACGCAGAAUGACCUGCCAAUCUUGUCAGGCUCGAGUGACCAGCAUGGGCUGGCAGCGGCAAUGGGCCGGUCGAUUCUGGACUCUGAUGAGCUGUACGCUGCCGCUGAGCAAGGGAGUCUGAACUCGUGUCUCCAAAAGCUGGCUGCGGGCUACAAGGCCUGA